GUUCAUUAUUCAACCAACCGCAAACGACGCGUCCAAAAUGAAAAUCUCAAUUGUGCUCUUCUUCGUCCUUGCCUUGGCGCUGGCUUUGGUGCAAGCGAUGCCUUCCAAAGGCUCCACCAAGGCCUCGCUGAAGAAGAAACCGGCCUGCAUUAAGGACUGCAGCGGGGCGGAGUACGCCCCCGUUUGCGGCGGGGACGGCACUGGAAAAGGGGACAAGAGCUUCGGCAGCGAAUGCGUCUUGGAGAACUUCAAUUGCGAACACAAUCAAAGUUUGAAGGUGGUGAGCAAGGGGGAAUGCCCGAACGGGGGAAGUAUCCGUUUGCAAUAAGAAGCAUGGUUUUUUUUUUGGUGUAUUUUUGUUUAUUUUUAAUUCGAAUUUAUUCAU